UAAAGUGCCCGUGUUUUGUUUAUACAAUUAAUUUUCUUUCAAUUUAUAUAAAAACGUUGAUUAUUUAAAUUUAAUAAUGUGUAGACGAUAAAACAUUUCAAAGUAAAUUUAAAAAAUGGAAAAAAUCAUGCAGUUGCAAAAUUCUUACGGGGCCACGAAGCGUAAAAAACCGCCUCCAUCAAACCCUACAAACAACAGAGCACGCAGUUCGGCAGGUUUAGAUCGGCCAAAUCCUGGGGACGCCAUUUCCGUAGCGUACGGAAGCACCACAAAAUAUAUAAGGGAAGUUGGAAUUCUCGAGUUAUUCAAAUCCAGGUUGGAAGGAAUCAAGCAGUUGGAUAAAUCGAAGAAGAGUGCGAAAGUUUAUAAACCGGCGGAAGAACUUUACGACGAGGUCCAAGCCCUGAAAAGUCAGGUAUACAGUUUGAAAGCUGAAAAUUCUUUUCUAAAGUCAAAAAUUAGGAAGUGGGAGAAAGAUGUCGAUCAAAAGCAGAAGACAAUCAACGGGAUGUUAGACCUGGGUCUGUUGGAACAUGGGGUCAAAAACCCACCCAACAACAAUUUGAAUUCAAACGUAAGUAUGAACAAUUUGAAAAGGAAGAUAUCCAAACUUGAAGAAAAGUACAGAGAGAAAGAAAGAGAGUUAACGAAUUUGUCAAGAGAUCUGAAGACCACAAAUUUUGAAGAGAUGCAACUAACCAUAGCCAUCAUGAAGAAUGAAAUUUUGAGGCUGAAUAAAAAAUUAUUGGCCAGGGAAAAUGAAGAUGGCGACAACGAUGAUGACGAAGAAUCAAAGCUCAGUCACUUCUUAAAUGGCAAACAAAAGUUGAAAGGUAAGUCAAAUAAUUCAGAAAACCAAGUGAAAAAACUCACUGAAACAAUACUGAAAAUGAAGAGAGAUAAAACACAGCUGAUGCUUGAGAACAAAACGUUGAAAGUUGAAAUCCAAAAAAGUUUAGAAAUCAGAGAGAGCAUGAAAAAAAAUUUUGAAAAUCUUAUGAAACUAAAAGAGAACAACCUAAAUGCACCCAAAAACAUCCAAACAACGGAUCCACCGCCACCACCAGACAGAGAAAAAUAUCUAACAGACGAAAAUACAAAACUAAAACACCUCAUUGACAACAUCAAAGAAGACAGAGACCACUACAAAAAUGAACUUGCCAAACUAAAACGACAUCUAGAUGACGAUAAAUUUUCUUCAACAAGCAGAACUGGGGGCCAAGUUAGUUCAAGAAAAGAUGAGGAAAACCCAACAUCUAGAAGGGAGUCAAAAGCGAGCACCAUAAAACCAAACAAAGAUUUGAAAUGUCGAGAACUAGACAGUGAAAUUGAUGUAGAAACUGUAGAACACUUACAAUCUAUCAUUAGAAAUUCGAUCUACGGUUACUUUUUAACGAAUGAUAAAAACAGUAAUAACAAAGAUGAUGAUGAAGAAGAGGAUGAUGACGAAAGAUCAGAAAAGAAAGUUCUAAAUUCAAUUGAAAUGAUCCAAGCGCUGGUCAGAAAUAUGAACAAUAAAUUUUAUUAAUUAAACCGCAAUUUGAAUAAAAAUCGUUACUUAAAAUUGUUUAAAUUGAAUUAAGUAUUAUUAUUUCGAACAAAUUUGAAUUUAAAUAAUAAUUUAAAUACAACUUUAUUGUCAACUA